AUGGCUAUGAUUCAACCUGCAACAUUGGUGUUAGAUGGAGGAGACCCUCGAAUCAGUAAUGAUCACGUCGUACCAGCGGAGAACUAUUCACGCCGCAAGGUAAGUUUUGAAGAAUACAUGUACUACGCGGCUAUCACGCGUGCAGAAGAGAAGGAAGCGAAUAAACGGUUCAUUGAAGCUCGAGGACGCUGGACCUUCAGGAGCAUCCUCAAAGCAAUAUUUUCCAAGGGCGAGGGCGCUGCUAUCACCGACUCACCCACCAGCGCCCAAGAAAAGGCUGAGGAGAACGCCGCUGCGCGAGGAUCGAUCCAAGGGCGAUACCAGAUCUCGGUUGCUCAAGAAAAGACCGCCAGCAGAGCAAUGAGAACUGCGAGCUGGGGUGCAAUCUUCUACCUCAUCACGACCGAUAUUCUAGGACCUACAAGUGCACCAUGGGCAUUUGCUCAACUAGGGUAUGGCCCUGGAAUAGCCCUAUAUACUGUGUUUGGAGUUCUGUCUUACUACUCUGGUUGGAUUGUUUAUCAAGUAUUCCUAGGCCUUGAUUCGGACAAGUAUCCUGUUCGUGGAUACGGAGAUUUCUUCUUUCGACUCUUUGGGCCCGUCGCACGCCACUUUAUCAACGUUUGCCAGUCCAUACAGAUGCUAUUGACGGUAUCUGUGCUUAUUCUAUCAAAUGGACAGAGUAUCUCACAGAUCAGUCGAGGUCCAGCUGGCGACAACCUCGGUCUAUGUUUUGUCGUUUGUCUUCUCAUCUAUAUGGUGGCCGGCUUCGUACUGGGACAGAUCAGAACUUUGCAGCGCCUCGGUUGGCUUGCAAACAUCUCAGUCUGGCUCAAUGUUGUCAUGAUACUCUUAUGUAUGGGCACGGUUGGGUAUGGACCAAACUACGCGGCGGUCAAGGCAUCUUUCGGCCUAGAGCCAGGCCCUAUCCGGACUUUUGCUGGUACUCCUCCUGAUGGAUUCGCCAGCGGCGGGACUGGUUUUAUCGCAAGUCUGAACGGAUUGAACACCGCUGUCUACGCCUACGGAGGUGCUAUGCUAUUCGCAGCUUUAUUAGCUGAGAUGAGACACCCUUUAGACUUUUGGAAAGGCCUGCUUAUCGCGGAGAUCUUCAUAUACGCAGUAUACAUCUUCUUUGGAGUCUUUGUCUACUCAUAUCAAGGCCAGUUUGCGUAUAACCCUAGCGUACAAGGCUCGUCUUACUGGGUUGCAUUGUAUAGUGCCCAGACAGCGGCUAACAUCUUGGCAAUAAUCACCGCUCUGAUCGCGGCUGUACUUUACAGCAACAUUGGCUUGAAAGUAGUUUACAUCGAAGUGUUUCAUGAGCUACUUGGGUUUCCGGACCUUACAGUCCGUAAGGGCAAGAUAUGGUGGGCCGUCAUGAUCCCCGUCUAUUGGGCCAUCGCCUUCAUUAUCGCCGCUUCAGUGCCGGCUUUCUCAUAUGUGGUCUCUCUCGUUGGGGCUUUAUUCAUUUUAUCCUUUACCUACACUUUCCCCGCCUGGAUGGCGCUUGGAUACUGGAUCAAAAGAGAUGCCAUGAUAGAAGGAACGGAGCGAUUUGACCCCACGACAGGAACGUAUAAUUACGUUGACCAUGGCUUCUCGCGCUGGAAACGGGGUUUCAUGAAGAGGCCUCUGCUCAAUGCAGCCAACUUUGUUUACUUUCUUGGAGCUCUGGUAACUUGCGGUCUCGGCUGCUACAGCGCCAUCCAAAGCUUGAGAACGGCUUUUGAAAGCGGCGCAGCAAAUAGUUUGAGCUGUCUGCCACCGCUGUAG